AGGGACUGUAAGCUGGAGGAUGGGGUGCACUUGUUGAGUGACUCACGCGAGGAAGCGGGGGAGCGGGGCGCCGCGGGGGCGGAGCAAAAGGAAGAAAGAGGCAGAGGGAAGCUCGCCGAGCACUGGCGAGGUCCCGGUAGCGAGCGCGACAUCGGGUCAGACGAGGAAGCCGAGUCCACUCAACUAGGAGAGAAACAAAGACAAAGUCAUCAUGGCUUCAGUGUCUACGCAUGAAAACCAAGAUAAAGGUCCCCAUUUGCCGCCACCAAGCAAGCAGAGUCUGUUGUUUUGUCCAAAAUCAAAACUGCACAUCCACAGAUCAGAGAUUUCAAAGAUUAUUCGGGAAUGUCAAGAAGAAAGUUUCUGGAAGAGAGCUCUGCCUUUUUCUCUUGGAAGCAUGCUUGUCACGCAAGGACUGGUCCACCAUGUUGCUGGUAUCUUGGGAUUUGGCCUUGGAAAGGCAUCGUACAUAAGAGUAUGCCAGAGUAAAUUCCAUUCCUUUGAAGGUCAGCUGCGUGGGGCUGGUUUUGGUCCAGGGCAUAACAGGCACUGCCUGCUUACCUGUGAGGAAUGCAAAACAAAGCAUGGAUUAAGUAAUGAGGGAAGCUCACAGCCUUCGACUUCCUAAACUCUGUGUUAUGGGUUUUGAAGUUUCUAAAAACAUCUGAAUUUGUACACCUUUAAAAUGUCACGUGUACUUUAAAAUAAUUUACUUAUAGUAGAACAGAAACAUUGUGAUUCUCUUGUUCUAUUGAAAUGCUUUGGCACUUUGAUUCUCAGUUGAAUUGAGCAUUCCAUGUUUUUCUGCUGUCUAAGAACAUGUUGGGAGCAUUCCUGCACCAAAAGAAAUUAUGUUGCACUCUUACUUGCUUACAGCUAAAUAAAAGAAUUUGGAGUCUUCUCUGAUUCACCCCCAUCCACUCUUUGACUCUGGUUUUGUUCAGGCUUUUAAGAUCUCUGAUAGAGGAUAGGAAUGAAUGCUGAGAAACUUGGGAAAACAUGCCCCAGUGUGUAUGUCUGGAGGUAGAAAUACAGGGCAAUAAAGAUUGUGUCUAGGGGAAGUGCUUUCUAAAUGUACAGGCCAAAAAAAAAAAAAAAUUCUUUUUAAUUUAAAAAACUAAAUAAAUAAAUAAAAUGUAGAGGCCAAGAUUUUUUAACUUAAUGAAAAAUAUUUUCAUGAUGUGAAUCAACUGUCCUUUUGGUGACCUCGGUGACUUUAUGUCUCCUCGGGAUGGUGAAAUUUUGGAAAAGCCCAUUGUUUUAUUUUAUUUUAUUAUUAUCU